UCUGCGUCUACGAUCCAGUCAAUCUUCUGCUUCCUAGCUAUCAGCAGCCAGCAGUUCUGUUCUGAGUCGCCGCUGCUCUCUCUGCUCGGACCUGCGUGGUCUGCGAGUAUUCAGAAACUUCUUGCGAAUCUACGGUCCCCUUUCUUUCGUUUGCUUGGUCUUCACAAAUUCCACAAAUUUCAUAAGACAAUGUCAUCUGCAGUCCUUUCACUCACCAGACCAGCAACUGCUCAUGUCCAUCGCCUCUUCUCGCCUCGUGACUCAACAUCCAACCAAUCAUGUUCGCACUCCGUAACAGCCGUCGUUUCGUCGUCCCGUGCGGUGUCCCGCUUCGCUCGUCUCCGCUCCAGCGAAUCCCAAGGUCGCUCCGUCACACUCGUAGGAGAGAAACUCUCUCCCUUGCACUCACAGCGUCGGUCCCGAACUCGUGCACUGCCAGGAAGCUCGGAGUCGAACACGGCUGUAGCGGAGGAGAAGGAGAACAGUGUCGCGGUGAGAGCUUCUGACGACCAGCAACGACCGAGCAAUGAUGCUGACCAAUCAGAAACUCCGAAAGCAGAUUCGACCCCAUCGCCUCCUCCUCCUCCUCCCAGUAUGAAGAGCCUCGACGCGUACUUUGAUAAGCUGAAUGGCACCUCCAGCACGAGCAGCGGCGCAGGGAAGCAAGCAGCGGAUUCACAAACCACGGAAGUAGUGCCGGCUUCUGCAGCUGCAGCCACAGGAGAUGCAUCAAAGGAAACUGCGACCUCGUCUGCCGCCAGCGCGCCCUCUUCGGCGUCGGCGUCCGCGUCGUCGUCGUCGACGUCAUCAUCAGCAGCCGCCUCCGCUGAGAGCAGUCCCACGGAGAAGAAAAGAUCCACAAAGGAUUUCCAAGCUCUCAGCUCGCUGAACUCGUACUUCGACAAACUCAACGGCGGCAAAGAGAAAAAGGCGGAUGCAGAUUCUACGGAAGCGCCAGCAGCCUCGCAGGCUUCCGCUGCCACGUCAACCACCGCCGCUCCAGCAUCCACGUCUUCAUCACCUCAGGCUGACGUCAGCAGCAAGAGCGCGGAGGCGGGGAACGCGGGGAAGGCGGAGAAGGCAGAGGAGAGCGGAGGUAGCAAGGAGCUGAAGGCGGAGGACGUUGAGGAGCUGAUCCGGCGGAUUGUGGAGGACGUGGAGAAGAAGAAGGGCAGCGGCGCUCUUGACAGCAAGACUUCCGACCUGACCCUGGAGGCGAUCAUGGGCCCUCGCAAUCUGCUGGACGACUGGAUCUCCGCCAGAGCUGCCGCCACCGCCCCCACUGCCAUCUACACCCUGGUGGCCAUCAACAUCGCCGUGUUCCUCUUUGAGCUCGCCAGCCCCGAGGCCGUGCCCGGGGUGAUCACCACGUCGCUGCCAGCGCUGCUCGCCGCCAAGGUCAACCCCCUCAUCGAGGCCGGCGAGUGGUGGCGCCUCCUCACGCCUUCCCUUCUCCACGCGGGUGUCAUCCAUCUGUCAGUGGGCACGUUCUUCCUGCUGGGCAUCGGCAGCGUGCUUGAGUUUGCCAUUGGACCCCUGGGUCUGCUCGCGGUGUACCUCUCCUCGGGCCUCGCAGGCAACGUCCUCUCCUUCCUGCAGACGCCCGAUGUCACUGUUGGCGGCACGGGCCCGGUGUACGGGGUGGCAGCGGCGUACGCAGCCUUCCUGAUCAAGAACCGGGAGGUGAUCGGCACGGAGACAGCGGACAGCAACGUGCGCGAGUCGCUCAUCAUCGCCUCGCUCUUUGCCCUCUUCGCCAACCCCCUGCCCAUCGACCCCUCCACCCAUAUUGGAGCGGCACUAGCAGGCUUUCUGUUCGGCACCAUCGCAUCUCCGACCAUGUGCAAAGUGCAGAUAUCCAAUGAGGAAGCAGCCAAGAGGCAACAAGGGCUGCUCACCUCGUUACUCAACAAGCAGUCGAAUGAGGAGUCGUAUGAGUUGGUGGUAGAACCAGCUGAUUCCAAGAAACUGGCUACUGCUUUCGGGGCGUCUAUGGCGCUUUCACUUGUGCUGUUUCAGCUGUCACAAGGAGUGCUUCCGGAUGUUGAUUUGUUGCAGUCGCUGCCGCCUGCAGAUGGUGAUGUAUGGUUGUAAACCACCGGUUUAUGUGUAUCAAACUAGGCCUGAAUCAUGGCCGUGCGUUAUGGGUUGGACUAAUUGAGAUCUACGC